AGAGGCACCCACCUCGCUGCCACCAUGCCCACCCCUGGCACCGGCGCCCCCCAGGCCAAGGGCUUCCGCAGGGCCGUCUCCGAGCUGGACUCGAAACAUGCCGAGGCCAUCAUGUCCCCCCGUUUCAUCGGCCGCCGCCAGAGCCUCAUCCAGGACGCGCGCAAGGAACGGGAGAAGGCAGAGACGGAGCCCGGGGAGCACUCCAAGGUGGCCCCACUCCAGGAGAAAGACGGCCGGGCCCGCCUGGCUCUGCUCUUCAGCCUGAGGGGGCCCAAGCCCAGCCCCCUGUCCCGUGUCCUCAAGGCCUUUGAGACCUUCGAGGCCUCCAUCCAGCACCUGGAGUCGCGGCGGGCGCCCAGGCCUCGGGCAGGGGACGCGGGGCUGGACUUCUUCGUGUGCUGUGAGGUGCGGGGAGCGGACCUGCCCGCCUUGCUCAGUGCCCUGCGCAGGGAGGCAGAUGACGUGCGCGGUGCCGGGGAGCAGAAGGCCCUCUGGUUCCCGAGGAAGGUGGCCGAGUUGGACCAGUGUCACCAUCUGGUCACCAAGUUCGACCCUGACCUGGACUUGGAUCAUCCGGGCUUCUCGGACCAGGCCUACCGCCAGCGCCGAAAGCAGAUAGCAGAGAUUGCCUUCCAGUACAAGCACGGAGACCCCAUCCCACGCGUGGAGUACACGGCCGAGGAGAUCGCUACCUGGAAGGAGGUGUACCGCACCCUCAAGGGCCUCUACGCCACGCACGCCUGCCGCGAGCACCUGCAAGCCUUCGAGCUGCUGGAGCGCUGCAGCGGCUACGCCGAGGACCGCAUCCCGCAGCUGGAGGACGUGUCCCGCUUCCUCAAGGAGCGGACCGGCUUCCAGCUGCGGCCCGUGGCCGGCCUGCUGUCGGCCCGCGACUUCCUGGCCAGCCUGGCCUUCCGCGUGUUCCAGUGCACCCAGUACAUCCGCCACGCCUCGUCGCCCAUGCACUCGCCCGAGCCGGACUGCUGCCACGAGCUCCUGGGGCACGUGCCCAUGCUGGCCGACCGCACCUUCGCCCAGUUCUCCCAGGACAUUGGCUUGGCGUCCCUGGGGGCUUCGGAUGAGGAAAUCGAGAAGCUGUCCACGCUGUACUGGUUCACCGUGGAGUUCGGGCUGUGCAAGCAGAACGGAGAAGUGAAGGCCUACGGGGCCGGGCUGCUGUCCUCCUACGGGGAGCUGCUGCACUGCCUGUCGGAGGAGCCCGAGGUGCGGGCGUUCGACCCGGAGGAGGCGGCCGUGCAGCCGUACCAGGAUCAGACCUACCAGUCGGUGUACUUCGUGUCCGAGAGCUUCAGCGAUGCCAAAGACAAGCUCAGGAGCUACGCAGCACGCAUCCAGCGCCCCUUCUCGGUGCGGUUCGACCCCUACACGCUGAGCAUUGACGUGCUGGACAGUCCCCGGGCCAUCCGGGGUGCGCUGGGGGGCGUCCAGGAUGAGAUGCACAUCCUGGCCGGUGCCCUGAGCGCCAUCAGCUAGGCACCGCCACCGUCGCCAGCCCCAACUCCACCAAAGGACCCACCCACCCACCAGUGGCUUCUGCACCCCUCCCUGCGCUGUGUAAGCCCAUCUUCUCAAUAAAGCCCUCCCAUGCUA